AUGCAUUGUUUAGCAUGCAAUAAAAUCACUCGUAGUGACGAACAGCUUAAAUGUAUUGCAUGCAAGGGAUGUUACCAUUACAAGUGCUAUAAUUUAUCGACGUCUUUCUAUAAAGACAAUUUACACGAACUGAAACGACAAUGGAAGUGCCAAUCAUGUAAACUAGUAACGCGUCGUAAAGAUGAUAAUACGCCUGUUCGCAAGCAGCUCUCAUCACCGCCUGCCGACAUCUCGGAUAUGUCUUCGGAUAACAUAACACCGCAGACGGUUGAUUUUACCGAGAAAAGUGCUUCCGUACUACCAUCGGCGACUAUAACAUAUGAUCAGUUCAGCGCACUCCUGGACUUAAAAUUGUCGGAUAUGAGGUCUGCAAUUAGGGAGGAUAUCAACUGCGCUAUUUGUAAGCUUAAGGCAGAGUUCACCGAGAGGACUGACCACUUAGCCGCACUUCAAUGUGAUAUGCAAAUAAAAUUAGAUACUGCUACAAAAAACAUCGCCAAAAUGGAAACCGAAAAAACCGCAUUAGAAUCGCACAUUAACAAAUUAAACAGUCGUAUCUCCAUAAUAUUAGAAAAAAAUUCUAGAGGCUGUAAUUUUGAAAUACAGUGUGUGCCGGAAAAGAAAAACGAAAAUUUGGUCUCAAUUGUGUGUAAUCUGUUAAAAGAAAUAAAAAUAUCAAUUAGUGAAACCAACAUUUAA